AUGUUAGCAUCUAGAAGAUCUCUUCAGCCCGUCCACUCUUUUGGACUUGUCCUUGUGAAAUUGCAGAUAUCAAGACAAUCUUCGGAAUCCUCUGUCUCGCUCGACAGUGACUCAGAUAUCACUCUCGACCAUUGUCGCACUCCCCGGCCAUUGCUUUUGGACAGAAACUCGGUCUCAAGCAAAAAUCUACUAGCCAUUCAAUCCGACGGGGAGACCGAGUUCGCACUUCCAUCACCGAUCAUAUGCCCCGACGUCGAGACAGUUGAAAUCAACAACCCGAUUGACAUUUCCGAAGAACCAGUGCAAAUCGAAAGCAAUGAAGAACCCAUGAUAACCACCGAUAUGCCUCUCUCGGAAAUACUGGAACACCUAGGAAGUCACGGUUGCAACGACGUCACGUCGGAAUUGGACGAAUCCAAGUGCAGUCAAUAUGCAUUAUCCCAUGGUGGAUUCGGAGAUGUUUUUCGUGGGGCACUGCGAAACGGAACUCGAGUUGGAAUCAAGUGUUUAAAGAUUCAGCUCGAUUCUUCUGGCGAGAGGGAGAAACAUCUCAAGCAAGCGGCCAGGGAGCUCUACGUCUGGUCUAAAUGCGAACAUCCAAAUGUUCUUCCCUUGAUUGGAAUGGCUCUGUUUGGGGAAAAAUUCGCCAUGGUCUCUCCCUGGAUGGAAAACGGCACUCUGACUCGUUUAUUUCUCAACAUCCUGAAGUUGACCGAUACGAAAUGGUACGAACAAAGAGACCAGCCAGCUACUCGAUAUUAG